UGACGCACUGCUUGUGAUAUACGACCAGUGAAAAGUUCAUGAACUGGGUGUUAAAAUUGUUUGAACUAUCACGUGAAGCUGACUCCUGAAAAUUUAACUUUUGUCAAACUACCUUUUCAAAAAAGGAUUGUCAGCAGCAGUUAGCAGAUAGCGAUUGCUGAAGUUGAGUUAAUCGAUGUUACCCCGGUCUUUAUCGCUGUGCACAAUGCGGCUAAUAUUAAGUUUGCUGGUAGUGGUGUGCGCCGUAGAGGCAGCAAAAAAAUUCGAAGGAACGUUAAGAUCAGCGGCAGAUGCUCCUCCACAAGACAAUCUUGCAGUGGAGUCAGCUUCAGCCGAACCAGCUGUAGUUGCUGCACCUGAAGAAUAUAAAAAUCCAGGCGCACCACCACCUCCUAAAUCAGCUCCGGAAGAAGAACCAGUACAACCCGAAGACCCAGUGGAAGAGCCAGCAGCAGAACCAGAAGAAGAGCCAGCUUCGGCACCAGAGACUGCUUCGGGGGGUGUUCCACCAUCAGCUCCAAGUGGCAUUUCAGCUCCAUCAGCACCAGCUAAUUCUCUUGAAGAAUGUGAUCCAGAAAAGAUCGGAUUCGAACUCGUGACAGGAUAUGUCUUCUCGGCGCCCUCACACAUUCUCGACGACAUCCCUGGGACACUAAUGCUCACCGAUUGCCUCGAGCAAUGUCAGGCCAACGACACUUGCCGCGCUGUCAACUACGAGACAGGACUAUGCGUUCUUUUUAGUUCCGACGCUGAUCAAUUGCCAGGUGCUCUGACUAAAUCCCAAUUUCCGGUAUUCACGAUCUACGCUCAGAAAUCGUGUUUGGGAGUGAAACCGUGUGAACGAGCGUGGUGUUUUGAUCGCGUUCGCGGCUACAACCUUAAAGGAUUUGGAAAGAGGACACACACCGUUGAAUCUAGACAAAUGUGUCUCGACCUCUGUUUAGGCGAAAAUGAUUUCGUAUGCAGAUCGGCGAACUACAACAAUAAAACGGGUGAAUGCGUUUUGUCGAACAUGGAUCGUAUCACUUUGGCUGGUACAAAUUCUUUCCAGCCGAAUGAGGAUAUUGAUUACUUGGAAAAUAACUGCGUGGAGGAACCUACAAAGUUGUGUGAAUUCAAAAAGAUGAGUGGUCGCAUCUUAAAAACGGUCGAUUCAGUAUAUCAAGACGUGCAAACAAUAGAGGAAUGCCGCGAGUUAUGUCUUAACUCACCUUUCCGUUGCCACUCUUAUGAUCAUGGAGACACUGGCGAUCAUGUGUGUCGACUAUCUCACCAUUCAAGAGCAACGCUUGCUGACAUUCAGGAUCCUUAUUUGGAAGUACCUGAAGCUGCUACAUAUGAAUUAUCUUCCUGCUACAAUGUAUCUAUUGAUUGUCGCGCAGGCGACAUGGUAGCUCGCAUUCAGACCUCAAAAUUAUUCGAUGGUAAAAUAUACGCCAAAGGAAGCCCUAACUCGUGUGUUGUUGACGUUGAACAAAGUCUUGAAUUCGAAUUACAUAUGGGGUAUAAUAAUAUUGAGUGCAAUGUGAAACAAAAUGGACUUGGCAGAUACCUGAAUGACGUUGUAAUUCAACACCAUGACACUAUCGUUACAUCAUCUGAUCUUGGUUUGGCGGUAACUUGUCAAUACGAUUUGACAAAUAAAACUGUAGCAAACGAAGUUGAUCUUGGAAUUCACGGUGAUAUCAAGACCGGAAUUUCAGAGGAGGUUAUUGUCGAUUCACCGAACGUAGCUAUGAGGAUUACCGACAGGAGUGGCGAUGAUACUAUUGCUUCAGCUGAAGUUGGAGAUCCCUUGGCCCUGCGAUUCGAAAUUAUGGACCAAAAGUCACCGUUCGAAAUUUUCGUACGAGAACUUGUUGCUAUGGACGGUGUGGAUUCAAGUGAAAUCACACUUAUUGAUAGCGAUGGUUGCCCAACUGAUCAUUUCAUUAUGGGGCCUUUAUACAAAUCAGCAGCGAGCGGAAAGACGCUGCUUUCUCACUUCGAUGCCUUUAAGUUCCCUUCAUCGGAAGUUGUACAAUUCCGUGCCUUGGUGACACCGUGUAUGCCUACUUGUGAACCAGUUAUAUGUGAUGGAGGACCGAAUGAACUUCGAUCGGUCAUGUCAUACGGUCGUAGGAAGAGACGUUCGACCCCAGCGGCACCUACUGAUGACAUGCUUCUAGUUCAAACCAUUCAAAUAACUGACAAGUUUGGUUUCGACAAACAGAAAAUGAAGAAUGUUACCGAAGAUGCUGUGUUUGUAAGAGAGACAGACGUUACUUGCGUCAACGCAUCUGGAGCAAUGUUAGCAGCGGCAGCAUUUAUAGCAGCUCAACUAGUCGUGCUUGCAGCGUGGACUUGCAGUUGGCAACGAAGACGUGCGGCAGCUAAAGCCGCAGAACUCCUACCUGGCCCUAAUGCUCCUUCAGCUCUCUGCAAAGUCUACGACGCCAGUUUCUCUCGUGCGCACCAGAGGCACUUUUGAGUAGAUUUCCGUAGGUAUGUUGACGUGAUAUACGUCUGCAAUAGUAGUAUAUUUACAUAAUAUAAAUUCCCCCGUCGUUUCUAAGCUCCGAAUGAUAAUGUAAUAUUAUGAUAUUGCCUUGAUAAUUCAGGGAGUAUAGGAUGACGACAGCGGUUAUUAUUAUAAGUUUCGAAGUAAGCCCGUUCUAAUGCCAUGUCAGGCAACCGUAGCGGAGUUUGCGCGACACGGAGACGGGGACGACCUUAUGAGCGUGCGCGAUUGUGGACGAAUGCUUGUGAUGUAACGCCUGAUUUAAGAGUGUAUGAUGUGACUGGGUACGCUCGCUUGUCCCCAUCUCCGGAGUUAUUUGCGGGACUAUGGCCGUGAGUCAUCAUAAAGACAUUGUCGCUUAAUAUACUUUACGCUUAGACCUUUAGCAGAGGUUUCAAGUCGUAUUGUACCAUAUUUUAAUGUAGCAUAAGCCUGAUAUGAUGAUAAGUAAAAUUAAAAAUUUUGUACCUUUUAAGUAGUUAACCGAUCACGCGACCUAAGUCAAGAAACGUUAGAUUGACGGCCAUCCCGACAUCGUAAUUUAUUGACUUUAGUUUAGUUUCUUUUUACGUAAUUUAUGUUUGAUUGCGAAUUAAAUAUAUGUAAUAAUAAAUUUUUAAUUUAAAUAAAUAGAUGCUUAUAACUAAAAUGUGCUAUUUUCUACGAUAUAAAUUGAAAGUAUGUUAUAAUGGUGUGCUAGUAGUGCCUUACUCAAAUAUUGUAGUAAUAAAUUACACAAUUUACUUCUAUAAACUAAUUUAAUCCGUCCA